GGAGCGCUUUCGAUUCUGUAGCCGUUGAACAUUAGUGAGGAGCUAAAAUAUUGAGGGAAGCACCUGGAAACAUGGAUUUAUUCUCCAUCCCACCCCCCGUUUGCUGGUGGAGGAUCCUAUUUCUCCUCAGCAUCUUCCAGGAUUAUAUGAGCUCCAUGCUGGACUGCCCACCGACCUGCCGUUGUUCUACCACGAACAUCUUUUGCAAUGAGUCUUACCAAGGGAAUUUCUUUCCCCUCCUGGCACUACAGGACACCGUGAGCGAUGGGAAUACCACUAACAGCCUCCCGGACCUGUUUGAGAACAUCUCCUCCAUACACAUUGAGAACUGGUCGGGCUUGCAGACGUUGAGGGACGUUGACAUGGAGUUGUACACUGGGAUUCAGAGACUGAACAUUGUGAACUGCAACUUGCGUACGAUUCAGUCGCGAGCCUUCGCUAAGAACCCCUACCUACGCUACAUAAACUUGUCCGGGAACCCUCUGACAACUCUCUCAUGGCAACUUUUUCAGAAUCUCCAACUUUUCGAGAUGAAACUGGAAGGAGUGGUGUUUAACUGCAGCUGCAAUAUCCGUUGGAUCCAGCUGUGGCAGCAGCGAGGUGAAGCCGGACUCCAUAACCAGCACCUUUUCUGCAACAACGGUGUCUCCAAGAUCCCUCUACAGCUCAUGAACAUCUCUCACUGUGAUUUGCCAGAGAUCAGCGUAAGUCACAGUAACCUGACAGUGAUGGAAGGUGACAGGGUGACAAUCACCUGUAAUGGGUCAGGAGUGCCGGUACCGGAAGUGGAUUGGACUGUUGGUGGACUGCACUCCAUUAACACUCACCAAUCCAAUCAAUAUCCACCGAAUGUUCACUCCAUCAACUUAACUCUGGUCAACAUCAGCCGAGACGAUAACAGCUUCAUGCUGACCUGCAUUGCAGAGAAUAUAGUUGGGAUGACUAAUGCCUCAAUACAACUUUCAGUGCAGUUCCCUCCUGUCAUCAUUAAGUUUGAGGAGCCGCAGAAGUGGCAUGACACGUGUAUGGUCUUCACAGUGCGUGCAAACCCCCUGCCCACCCUUCGCUGGUACUAUAAGGGCGAGGAGAUCAAGCCGACAAAAUACCUCCGUCCAGAAAUGGAUCUCUAUCAGGACAGCUUAGAGGGAUGCCUCAUAUUCAAAAACCCCACACACCACAACAAUGGCAAUUACACUCUGGAGGCCAGCAACUUCCUGGGCGUGGCCGUCAAAACUGUGUACGCUCACUUUCUACAGCCACCUUUUGAUGACUACCCAGAUUAUGUGAGUCCGACUCCGACUGCUGUUCCAACCAUGACACAUCGGCCUGAAGAGGACACGUUUGGCGUGUCGAUUGCGGUUGGCUUGGCUGGCUUCGCCUGCGUUCUCCUUGUCAUUAUGUUUGUGCUAAUCAACAAAUAUGGCAGACGCUCAAAGUUUGGCAUGAAAGGACCCGUGGCUGUGAUCAGCGGUGAAGAAGACUCUGCCAGCCCCCUCCAUCAUGUUAAUCAUGGCAUCAUAACCCCGUGUACUCUGGAUGCUGGGCCAGACGCCGUGGUGAUCGGCAUGACCCGCAUCCCAGUGAUCGAAAACCCACAGUAUUUCCGGCACGGGCACAACUGCAACAAGCCCACAACUUAUGUACAGCACAUUAAGCGCAGAGACAUCGUGCUUAAGAGGGAACUGGGCGAAGGGGCCUUUGGGAAGGUGUUCCUGGCAGAGUGCUACAACCUAAGCCCCACUAAGGACAAGAUGCUGGUGGCUGUCAAGACUCUGAAGGAUCCCACCCUUGAGGCGAGGAAAGACUUCCAGCGGGAGGCCGAGCUGCUGACCAACCUUCAGCACGAGCACAUAGUGAAGUUCUAUGGCGUCUGCGUGGACGGAGACCCGCUUAUCAUGGUUUUCGAGUACAUGAAACACGGAGACCUCAACAAGUUCCUCAGAGCUCAUGGUCCAGAUGCAAUGAUCCUGGUUGACGGAGAGCCGCUGCAGACCAAUGGGGAACUGGGUUUGUCUCAGAUGCUGCACAUAGCCAGUCAGAUCGCUUCAGGGAUUGCCUACCUGGCGUCUCAGCACUUUGUGCAUCGUGACCUGGCCACACGCAACUGCCUGGUGGGCAACGGGCUGCUGGUGAAAAUCGGAGACUUUGGAAUGUCAAGAGACAUCUACAGCACUGACUACUACCGGGUGGGAGGACACACAAUGCUGCCCAUUCGCUGGAUGCCACCAGAAAGCAUCAUGUACAGGAAGUUCACGACGGAGAGUGACGUGUGGAGCUUCGGCGUCAUCCUCUGGGAGAUCUUCACCUACGGCAAGCAGCCAUGGUUUCAGCUGGCAAAUAAUGAGGUAAUCGAAUGCAUCACACAAGGACGCGUGCUGGAGAGGCCACGGAUUUGUCCCAAGGAAGUAUACGACAUUAUGCUGGGAUGCUGGCAGAGGGAACCGCAGCAGAGGUUGAACAUCAAAGACAUCCAGAAAAUUCUUUAUACCUUGGGCAAAGCCACACCUGUCUACCUGGAUAUCCUUGGCUAGUGUUUGUUGGGAAUAUGUGUGGAUGUCUGUCUGCGUCUAUCCAUCGGAGGAACGAACAAUCUGGGAUUUACCCUAAACAACACGUACCUUACUGCGCCACUGUCAGACACCUGCAACAUGGGGAUGGACUUAAGUGCCUGCUACUCCUUUCGAUACACUGGAUAACAGUCUUUAAAAAGCACUUUCACAUUUUGUUUACCUGCAUAUAAAGAUGUACUGUUCUGCAAGAAGAGGAGUCUCCUUUCUCUAUUUCUUUUUUUCUUUUCGUUUUGGUAAGAACAGCCUACUUUCAAACUCUAAAAAAGGAAUAAUGGAAAAUUCCCCCUAAAGUACGGAGAAAAACUCUUUUUUUUUCCUGAC